UGACAUUUGGCGGGAAGAGCUGUCAAACUUUUGCUGUGAUCAUUUUAUCUGAUUAUUUCACGACAGAAUCCAUUCUGGUACAUUGUCUUGGAACAGAGUAUGUGCACAAGUGAAACUAAAACAAAAGCGGUAGUGCCUUUAAGGCAGACAAAGAUACUGGAUUAUAUGAAGAAGAUUCCUGCCUCAAAAUUCACAACAGGGAAAAGGAAAAGUCUACUCACAGGAGAAGUUUCACCAGUUGUAAAAUUAACAAGUGAGCUUGAUGAUAGAAAUGCACAUGAUUGUUCUCUGAAUUCAACUGACCGUCAAGACUGUUAUGAAAUUGUUAGACCUUUUUUGAGUGUUAAUGGCUUUGGACAUUGGCAUAAUCUUAGGAAGAGAGCCAAAGUUGAUUAUACUGCAACUAAAAUUUCAGGUGGUGAAGAUGGUAACAAAGAGGUUGGAAAAGAACUGAGUGAUGAUCAUGACACAAAUCAGCAAGGUAGAAAUAAUAUAGCAAAAUAUGACAGGGAAAGACAUGAAUCGGGUAUAAAGAAGAAGAAUGAGAGGGAGAAAAGAGGGACAUUGGGCAGACAUACUAGUGGUGAAUUUGAUAUGAAGGGGGAUAUAAAAAGAAGACAAAAAGAAAGAAGUGAGAAAAUAAUGUGUUCUCAUGGUUCAGGGAAAAAAGAUGAAGAUAAAGAUUGGAACUUUAAAGGAAAAUCAAAAGUAAGGAAGUUAGAUUCUAAUGUGAAUAAUGACAGUAAACAAGACAAGAUACAAACGGAUAAGCAGAUGUGCAGUGAUGCUGGAGAUCAAAAACUGUAUUCUCUGGAGGACAAGUGUCCGAGUUGCAGGUACACAGGGCAUACUGGAGGUUCUGUGAAUACUGAAACAGAAAAGACUGCAGCAUGCAACACCACUGAAACUGUUCAAAAUUCAGUGAAUAUAGAAAAACCUAUUUAUGGAAGGAAUGAUCAUACUGAAGCAGCAUGUGCUCUUUCAGAAGAAUUAACAGAUAUAAGUAUAUCUUGCUCGAACUUAAAAACUGUUGAUAUUGUGGAAAAGGAAGUUGAGGAUGGCAACAAAAAGAUAGAUAACUUCUUCAGAGUGAAGAAGACAGCAGGUAGUGUUCAGAAGGUUGAUGUUACCCAUACGAAAGAUUACCCAACAGUCGAAAACCAUGAUCCUGUUAUAGUAGAUAGGGUCACUGAUACUAAUAAUAGCUCAAAUAAAUUAUUCAAUUUUUACAUGACUUGUCCUGUCCCUAUACCAGAGAUAGAUUUUGACAUUACUGAUUAUUUAGAUGUUUACAACUUCCAAAUUGUCAAAGAAAAGGCUUUUGGUGUAGUACAAACAGCUGUAAAUGAAAAAGGAGUUUCUUUGGAAAUAACAAGAAACAAGGCACAAGUUGUAGAAAAACUUCCAUACAUGGGUACGUCUGCACAUUGUUACAAUGAAUCAGACAAUGGAAACAAAGAAGCAAAAAGUAGUACAUCUAAUGCCAGAUUAAAAAACCUCAAGUUUCAGAGUAACAAAGUUGAAGUGAAUCAGAAAACUGAUAGUGGAGAGGGCCUAUGUAGUCCAAGAAUGGAAACUUCGAGAGAUACACUUAAUAUUGCUGUGGACGAUGAAGCUAGCUAUGUAGAAGAUAUAAGUGACAUGUAUAGUGUUUGGCCUAGUGGAAGUUUAUUUGAAUGCAAUAUUACUGAACAGAUACAAGGAACUAGAAGUGAAAGUGGUAAAUGCACAGGAGAACACACUGGAGGAUCAGAAAGUACCAGUAAGAAUCCCAGUACAACAGAUGCAUCUCCAACUGAAGUUAUGCCAUUAGAAGCCUCAUCUGAAGCAGAAGAUAAUUCUGUAGGGGUUGUGGAUGAAAAGAGCCACUUACUGGUUGGUAGUGUUGUAUGGGGAAGGUUUAGUAAGAAUGUUUGGUGGCCAGCUCUGGUGUUGGAGGAGAAAUUAGUUCGGAAAUCAAACAAAAAUGGAUUUGUUUGGCUGUACUGGUUUUCUGAUGAACAAUACUCACAGGUAAAAGAGUGUUUUGUGGAUCCAUUUUACAAGAAGUUUUUGUCAAGAUGUAGACAGACUAACAAUAAAAAAAUGAAGAAAGGGAUAUCCUUGGCUUUACAGAUUUGUGCAUGCAGAGCAGAGGUAGAUGUGACUAAGUACGGUGGGAUAGAUGGUUGGGUGCAAGCUGAUGAUGGCUUCUUAUAUAAAGACAGGCAGCUAUUUCAACCUAAGUCAGAUGAUGCAAUACCAGAUUAUGUUUUCGAAAAUUUGGGUUUCACACCACCGGCUCCUUGCUAUCAAACAUCAAUAACAAAUAGUGACAAUACAAAUGAAGGCCAGGAACCAGUUUCAGUAGGGCCAGAACAAGGAAAGCAGACAUGUAAUACAGUGUGCAACAGCAGAAAGGAAGUCUGUAGCACAACACAGGACAUUGGUUUCCAUGGUGACAGUGAUGAGGGCGAGAGAUGUUUAGCAUGUGAUACUACAUGGGAAGUUUGCAACGAACACCCAUUGUUUGUGGGAAAGAUUUGUCGUAAAUGCAAGGAAGUGCUAAGAAGUUCAUUCUAUGCAAUAGAUGAUGAUGAGUGCAGUAUGUUUUGUUGCAUAUGUGGAGAGGGAGGAAGCCUGUAUGUGUGUGAUGAUAUACUAUGUGGAAAAGCAUAUUGCUUCAUUUGUGUAGCUAGGCACUCUAGUCCCACCACAGUGAAAUAUGUGAAGGAUGCCAAAUGCUGGAAUUGUUUCCUAUGUACUGAGUAUUCUACUUGUACUCAUGGCCGACUAGUUCCACAGGAAGACUGGUCACUGGAGCUGGUCAAGUUCUUCCAAGCAGGCCAAGUCCCUUUGUGUGAUGAUUUACAGUACAUGAAGACAAACAGUAAGAGAAAGCUGAGAGUAUUGUCCAUGUUUGAUGGUAUUGGAACAG